AUGGAGGCAGAAGGAUGCCAUCCUUUGCUACAAGCUACACAAGAAGAGAUUUGUAAAACACGUGAAUUUUAUAAUUUGGAUGAACAAAAAAUAAAAGACUUUAUCGAUGCAAUAAAGGAAUGGUGCAAGAAACAGGAACACUUGGUAGAAGCUAGUAAAUAUCUAACUCAUGACAUAAUAGAACGUCUGAUCUACCUGUCCAGAGGUUCUCUCGAAGCAACGAAAACAAAAAUUGACAGGCUAUUGACAAUAAGAGGAUUGUCACCACAAAUCGUUGCCAACAGAUCAGUCGAGGAGUUUGAGGACUACCUAGACAAAUACGCUUUUGUACCAUUGCCGAAAAUGGACAAAGAGCAAACUAGAGUGUUUCUCGUGAAACAUUUGAAAGAAAACUGGGCGGACUUUGAUAUUUUAACUUAUAUGAGGUAUACUUUUAUGUUAGCAGAGUACAGGAUCAACUUCGAGUACAGUUUGAAAGAUAUAUACAUUAUUGAUUUCAAUACCGUUACUAUAAAUGAUAUCACAAAACUAAAUCCUGUUGUUUUAAAAGAUGCUGACAUUUUAGCCAGGAAAGUUUAUGGAGUAAGGAUAAAAGGUAUCCAUGUAAUUAAUGCUCCUGCAUUUGUGGAUUUAUUCGUUUCUUUAUACAAACAAAUGGUGAGUGCAAAAGUAGCAAGCAGAAUAUAUACUCACACUUCAUACGAAACAUUAUAUGAUCAUUUAUCGAAAGAGAUUUUGCCUGAGGACUACGGUGGUGAUGCGCCAAGCGUGGAGAAAUUACAAGAACAAUGGAGAGAGUACUUAAAGUCAGAUGAAGGAAGAAAAAUUGCAGAGAAUUCUAACUACCUUGUGAGUGACGAAUCAAGGCGUAAUUGUGCUAAAUUUAAUGAAGAAUAUUUGGGAAUGCCUGGGUCUUUUACGAAACUAAAUGUUGAU